AUGAAGCUGCUUGCAAUGACUGUGUUGCUCCUUACCAUCUGUGGCCUUGAAGGGGCUUUGGUUCGGAGACAGGCAGAGGAGCCGAAUCUGCAGAGCCUGUUCUCUCAGUACUUCCAGACUGCGACCGACUACGGCAAGGACCUGCUGGAGAAGGCCAAGGGCUCAGAGCUUCCAAUCCAAGCCAAGGCCUACUUUGAGAAGGCACAGGAGCAGCUGAAGCCCCUGGUCAAGAAGGCUGGAACUGAUCUGAUUAACUUCGUGAGCAGUUUUUUGGACCUCAAAACACAGCCUGUUGCCAAGUGCAUUGUCUAG